CCCGCGCGCAGCCGCCGCCGCCGCCGCGCGAGGAGCCAGGAUGGUCCUGGUCCACGUCGGCUAUCUCGUGCUUCCAGUGUUUGGCUCUGUGCGAAACAGAGGUGCCCCCUUUCAAAGGUCUCAGCAUCCUCACGCUACCUCCUGCCGCCACUUCCACCUGGGUCCCCCGCAGCCGCCGCAGCAGCUCGCCCCGGACUUCCCGCUGGCGCACCCAGUGCAGCCGCAGCCGGGCCUCAGCGCGCACAUGGCCCCGGCCCACCAGCACAGUGGCGCGCUGCACCAGUCGCUGACCCCGCUGCCCACCCUGCAGUUCCAGGACGUCACAGGUCCCUCCUUCCUACCUCAGGCCUUGCAUCAGCAAUACCUCCUGCAGCAGCAGCUCCUGGAAGCCCAGCACCGCAGGCUCGUCCCACACCCCAGGCGGAGUCAAGAGCGAGUGUCUGUGCACCCCCACCGCCUCCACCCCAGCUUUGACUUUGGCCACCAACUGCAGACACCUCAGCCCAGGUAUUUGGCUGAGGGCACUGACUGGGAUCUCAGUGUGGACGCUGGCUUGAGCCCCGCGCAGUUCCAGGUGCGGCCCAUCCCUCAGCACUAUCAGCAUUACCUAGCCACUCCUCGGAUGCACCACUUUCCCCGGAACUCCUCCUCCACGCAGAUGGUCGUCCACGAGAUCCGGAACUACCCUUACCCCCAGCUUCACUUCCUUGCUCUCCAGGGACUAAAUCCCAGCAGACACACCUCUGCUGUGCGGGAGAGCUAUGAGGAGCUGCUGCAGCUCGAGGACAGGCUGGGCAGUGUGACUCGGGGAGCCGUACAGAACACCAUUGAGAGGUUCACCUUCCCCCACAAGUACAAGAAGCGAAGACCCCAGGAUGGCAAGGGCAAGAAGGACGAAGGAGACGAGUCGGACACGGAUGAGAAAUGCACAAUUUGUCUGUCUAUGCUGGAGGAUGGAGAAGAUGUGAGGCGCCUACCUUGUAUGCAUCUCUUCCAUCAACUGUGUGUGGACCAGUGGCUGGCCAUGAGCAAGAAAUGCCCCAUCUGCCGAGUGGACAUUGAGACACAACUGGGAGCCGACAGCUGAGGGAGGAGUUAGCCAGUGGACACCCCAUUUCCUUCACCAGGUCCCCCCACCCCCACGGCCAUAGCCCUUGCAGCCAAACUUUGCCUUCUGAGCCAUUUGACGUAGAGAAGACGCCUGCAAGCACAUUUCGUGGAAAGAGGAAGUUGCUGGUAGCAGAGUCUGAGAGAGGAGGGUUGGGGAGGACCCACCCAUCCAGAAUGGCGACUGCCCCAUCCGCCUUGCUGUUCAGGAAGGAGGGAGCUGGCCGUGCCCAGAGCAGGGGCGGGAAGGGGGGGCCCAGCUGCUGAGAACUAGGUGUGAUCCCGAGGGUACUAGCUGGUAAACCGGCCCCUCAAUCCUGUCCUUUGAAGGAUUGUGUAUAUACCUCUCGACCACGUAGAAACCAUGUAGGGGUCUCUAGCUAUUUCUGUGGAUGGCAGCCGGAGCAUGUUAGCUUAAGAAAAAUGUCGUGUGUGGUGCUCUAGUCAUCUGUGGUGGACAUGUCGCUAUUACCGAACUUGCACCAAAUAUUUCUCAUUGAGUUUCUUGUUUUGGUGCCUGACCUAGCCAACCAACGACAGCCCCAAUCUUCCCGUCCUUAUGAGAGAAAAGGAAUCAAAGGUAAACAACAACAACAAACAACAAAAAGAGCCAAAUCCUGUUCACGGUGAAAAAGAUAUAUAUAUUUUUUUCACCCAGGCUGGGAGGCGGGAGGGGUGUUGUGUCUUGUUGUUGUUUUUUGUUUUUUUCCUUGGCUUUUGGUUUUCUCAUGUUUACAGUGCACGGAGGCAUCUGGGAAAAGGGGCUGAAGAGAGUCUAUCUACUCGGGGCUCACUGGGGCUUCUGAGGGUGUCAGGCAAGGCAAGGGGGGCAGAACGCCAGCAAGUGAAUGGGGAGUGUGUCUCAAGGUGGGCUCUCCAGACUUAGGGCCCCAGCUGUUUUCCUGGGUUCCACCCUGAACCAGGGAGGACACUGCCUCCAGCUACAGCUGCCCCUGUGUUUCCAGGAGCCAGAGGGUCCUUGCUUGCUCCAGCUCCUUCCUUCAGCCUGAGCUCUCAUCUUGUCACAAAGAGGCAAUGUAGCCACUGCCUCCCUAUGCAAAAAAAUAAAAUAAAAUAAAAUAAAAAAUAACUAGAUGAUGCAGAUAAAACCGCAUAGGUGAUGCACACUUGGCCUUGGCCAAAGUGCUCUCAGCUAGCACUCAGGGCUGAGGCCAAGCCCAUACCCUUGAGAGGAACUUGAGCCUCCUUUCAGAUGUCUCAAGGCUUGAUCAGUCCCUCAGAGUUGGUCCUGGCCCUGAGACCCCUUGGCUGGGUGAGGAGGCUCCGUGUCUCCGGCCUCUUGCUCCCUCUCUGGCUCUUCAGUAACCUUGGGAAGGUCCCGUUAUUUCUCUGUGCCUCUGUUUCUUUCUCCUUCCAGCGGGAGAAACAGUGCAUCCCUGUUUGCCCUCCCUCGGCUUCACCUCGCUGUCCCGAGGAUGCACACUGCCCAGCACAUCUGUGCUCUCCGCUCUCUCAUGGGGCCUUUUGCAAGUUAGUGAGGAGUGCUCAAGGAGACACAUCUGGAGAUCCCCAAUGGCACCAUACAGUGGGUUUUUAUGCUCUGCCCCCCCCCCACAAUUUUUCAGAGCAGAGAGAUGGGAGGACAGAACACUGGAGGUGGCAAAUCCACCAAAUUCCAACACAAUCCCAGCUCUUACCCACGAACAGAAAACACUGGAUCAGCUGGCAUUCUGCAGACUUCCUUGUCCGCUUGCCCAGGCUCCUCUUUCCUCAUUUGCACUGUUCUCAGAAGCUCCCCCUCACCUUGACCUCUAGCCAGUCUCAGUGCCCCUUUGUCAGUAAGACCAGAGGACAGGAUGCCAGUUUUAGAAAUGAAGAAAUUCCUUGCAGUUAAGCGAAGGAGAAACCGUGACCAGUGGGUGAAAAUGACAGAGGCAGCUGGGUUUGAGAGAGAGCAACUGGUCGUGUCUCUAAGGAAUGACCACUCCGGACACUUGAGAUCAGAGAAGGAGAAGCGGCUCCUGGAUGGAGGUGAUUUCAGAACCUUAUCUAGAUGAACCGUCACCCAGCCCCCAUCUUCUGGUACCCUGUAGAAUCUGUUGAGUGUGUUACUGGAGUUGAUGUUGAGAAAGACGAUACUUAAGAAGAUGAUGUCCCCACCACAGGAACUUUCAGUGCGACUGAGGAGCGGCACACGUCUAGGAGAGCUUAUGGUGAAAAGUCAGGGAGCCAGGACCAGCAGUGUUGGGUGGUGGUGGAAUUGUCAACGAUGGCUCCAGAGGUGGACAUCCCCACAGUGGGGAAAGGACAUCUGAAUGUGAGGACGCUGCUUACCAAUAGUCACGGGAAGUUAGGAAUGCUCGACAGCCAAUGGCCCUGUGAAAAUGAAGGUUUCAUCAGAGGAUGGCCUCAGCCUGAAGGUAGCAAGGAUGGUCUAAGCAAGUCGCUCCUCUCCUAGGUCACUCUUCUGUCCUUUCCUCUGGGGCUGGCCUAAAGGGCUGACCAGUCAAAAAGGAGUGGGCAGGGAGCCAGGAAGGAACUUCUGUCGUUGGUAUCCUGGGUUCCAGUACAGACUCUUCACUGGCAAACGGUGAUGCUAGAACCUCCCACACCCACCUCUUGCCUCUCUGGGUCUCAAUUUCCUCAGCUGCAACACAAGGAGGUUGGAUUGGAUGCUUGCGAAUUUCCUCCCAACACAUAUUCUGUGUCCUCCGUAACAUCAACACAUCUUUCAAGUUGGAGAGCUGUGAGCUGCCCUGCUGUUCCAAAGGACUUCUGUGGGCACGCACAUCAGCUUCCGAGGCUGAGGGAGAGAGUGGGCCUGGUCCUUCUCAUUCAUGCAGACUCUUUGAGUGCCCCAGAGUCGUAUCAGGACCUGGGCUGGAAAGGGGGUAGAUCCUGAAGCCCCCUCCCCUGCCCAUCUCCCUGGAGUCCUUGUGUCCUAAGCAGGCACAGGAAGGGUACUUAGAGUCCUUCCAGGUCCUGAUUCCUUAGUGGGGCAGCCGACUGGAUGGAGGAAAGCUGAGCAGUGUGCAUGCAUCUGUUGCCUCGAGGUUCCUCCAGCUGGUCAGGGAGCCUGGGAUGAGAAGAGGCAGCGCCAGGCCUCAGCAUCUCACAUCCACCAUCUCCAGGAGGGAGACGCCUUGUAGUCCUCCUGCUCACCUCAAGGGACUCAGACCCUUUCCUGGCUGAGACGCAUGAGUGCCUUCUGGGGUGAGAGCGGCCCCGGGUUCAAGAGGGGCCUCUUAACUGCAGCCAUGGCCCAGCAGGUCCACCGAGGUCGCCGGUCAAUCAACUCAAUGCCACGAGCCCUGCCAGGCACAGGCAGAGAGGGCAGCCGGGCCUCCACCUGGCCAGACCCCCAGGCCCGCCGUCUCUUUUGCCCACCACCCGUGGCAGGACUCAAACAAGCUCCUUUCUGUAAAGGCCUCCAGCCUCCGUGCAAGCAUUCUUAACUCUUUACGCCUAAUAAACAAGCACAGUUUUUUCAAUGGUGAAGAAAAACACCAGAUUUUUUUUUUUCUUGAAGAAAUCCCCCAAACCUCCCCCCCCCCACCGCAAGUCGGCGGGACAAACAAUCCCCAUGUGGGGCUGUAGCAACGUCUGUCAGGUCCCUUCGUGUUUCAUCCCUGCGCGCGCGUAGAGCAAAUGCUAGAGCGAUUUCAGCUGAUAGAAAAACAAAAAUGAAAAAAAAAAAAUCCACAAAAAAUAAAAAAAAAACAUGGCACGUUGCUAGUUUACAGGGUUUUGUGAGUUUAAAUGCCUUAUAUUUAACAAUCAUAAUUUAUGACUAACUUGUAGAUAUCGUGGAUUCUUAUUUAAUUAUUUUUAUAGUUGUUUUGCAUUUUUAAUUAUAAUUUAUUUAUUUAGAAAGGAUACUAAUGUUUUUUUUAUUGCUCCUAUUACCUCAUUUUGGCGUUGUUUCUGGGAGUGGAAUGCUUUGCAUGCAUUGGUACGAUGACAACUAUGAAAACAAACAAACAAACAAAAAAACCCAUUUUAAAUAAAAGUCUGCGAACUUUAUUUCGUCCAAACUAUCAGGGUGUGUGAUUGCAAGCUGCCCUACUGUGGUGCUGGCCUCUUUGGAUACAUUCCAUACGAAAUGCAAACCUUUGAUUCUGUACGCUGUGAUCUAGUGAAAAAAAAAAAAAAAACAAACUCCAAUAUAGUGACUGUAUUUAGCACAUAUAUAAAUAUAAUUUGCACUCGUCAGCAGACUGGGGUAAUCCUCUCACUUGCGACCCUUGGUACCACCCCCCUGAAGCCCUCUCCAUCACCACAAGCCUGCAAGCCUGGCCUGAGCUGCUUUCCUUCCUUCCCUUCCUACCUCCUCAGCCCACUCAUCUCAGCCUCUAGCCCCGAUAGAGAGUCCAGGAAGCUGUACCUGAGCUCCACAUCUCGAAGGUUCUAGAUUCGGGGCCCUUACACAGAACCAGCAGGAGCGUCUGAAAUCCAAGUUUAACACCAACAACAAAAAAUUUAUGAGAGAGAGAGAGAGAGAGAGAAAAUAGGCAUGCCAGGGCCUCCAGCCAUCGCAGUUGAACUCUGGACACGUGUGCCACCUUGCGCAUGCAUCACCUCGUGCACCUGGCUUACGUGGGAUCUGGGGAGUCGAGCAUGGGUCCUUAGGCUCUGCAGGCAAGCGCCUUCACCACUAAGCCAUCUCUCCAGCCUUGAAAGUCAAUUUUCUAUGCUGGGGCAAGAAGAUAAAGGGAUCUCUAGGAUCCCUCUGGUUCAAAAGGUGUGACACAGCUCUAGGGAGAUUAGCAAGCUAGAUCUGUCCCCCCACCCCCACCCCAAGGGGAGAAAAAGGGAAAGGAUAGAAGGAAAGGGAGGGGAGAAAUGGAGAACAGAAUGAGCAAACAUCUAGGGAAUUCGCUCAGGGCAGACGUCUGUUUAGAUGCAGCAUCCUGCACAUGUCAGGAAGGUAAGUUAGGUGGAUGCAUCCACCCUUGGAUAUGAGAUACGGUCUUUCCCAAGGCCGGGUGGUCGUUCAGAGGGUGCACUUAAUGCCAUACCUGGUUGUAUGUGGGAGUGGGCAAAUAGAAUAGAAACCUUCGAAUGGGAGUGGCCUUCUUGUCCUGUCUUCUGGAACUUUUGUGGUUGUGACAUCACCCAAUGACAAAAGCUUGGGAUACAGUUUGAGGGUGCAUUCUCUCUAGUACCUUCUUUCUCGCCUCUGCCUCUGCCCCACAGGGACUGUGGCAGGAAGGCCUGCCAUGGAAGAGAGCAUCAGGGGGUUUUGGAUCCAGCCUCAGUAUUCCAUAGAAGAGUGAUGAGGGGGAGGCUGGGAGAAACAGGCGCCCUAGAAGGAGUCUGUGGGUUGGCUGAGACCCGGGCAUGUUGUCUCCCUUCCUCUUCUCUCCUCUCUCUCUCUCUCUUUCUGCCUCCCAGCCAUCCCUCCCUGUCUUGGCUCUUGAUAUCACUGCCUUUGCCUGGUGGGGAGCUCCACCUUUUACAGGAGGCCGCAUGGGGUUGCAUGGUGCUGGCAGGGAGGAGGAAGUGGACAUCUGGAGUUGCCACAGUGCUUGGCUAGUCUUGCUGAGUGGCCAGGCCAUGUAUGGUCCCUCAGCCUCAUCUCUGUGACGGGGCCUCUUGCCCGCUGCUGCCCAGCUUCCCCUUCCACCUCUACUCCAGAGCCUUGCUUUCCUUGGAGACACCCUGUGGAGUCACCCACCAUGCUGGUGGGUAUGGCCACUGCACUGCUGGGCCUGGCAGACACCAACCCUGGCAGAGCUCCUGAUGGACAUGCCUUAUGCUGCUCUGUGGGGCCAGAGUGGGAUGAGGACCCUGUGCCCUGGCUGGCCAUGGCCCACUCUCAAGCUUUCUCCCCUCCCAGCCUGUCCUCUCCGCCCCCCACCCCCAGGCAUGGAUGUGGCUCCUCUCUCAGCUGUGGAGCAGGCCGCAUCAGGCCCUAGAAGGGGUAAUUUGGUUACCUCUGGUAAGUGAAAGGAUUAUCCUCAGUGUUGAUUGUCCUUUUUUGUAAUUCUCCUGCUGUUCUGUUCUGUGUGCUGUGCAACAUUUUGCUACAUAGACUAUUUUAUAGCAGAAAGCUAGAAGAAUAUUUAUUAUGAAUAUUAAAGCAAUAGUGCAUCAAUGAAAAGGCAGAGACAUUAGGAAUUGUGUAAAUGCUUAGAUUCACUUUUGGUGGAUUUUUUGUACUUUAUUUAUAACUAAUAAAAAUGAACUGCAUUGCUAACUACA